CCGAACCUCAGUGGCGAGAGCUAGACGGCAGCCCCUCCAGGCGUUUCCAGAGCCUCGGGCUCCGGGUUUAGCACACCAGCUCAAGUCCUGCAGGGGGAAAAGCAGAGGAGAGUCCCUAGAGGUCUUGGCUUGAGCCUUGGAAGGAACCGGAAAUGACCCUGACCUUUGGCCUUCCCUCAGAGCCCAGCAAGAUGGCAGCCGCGAACGACGGGGAGGCGAGGGUCAGCCAACGGCCUUCCAUCGCCAUUGGCGCGGGCAACGGGCGGGUGAAGGGCAGGCGGCGGGCAUGGUUGCUGUCGGGGGUGGUGAGCGCCAACGUCCUGAUCCUGGGGUGCGCCCUGGUGAGCGGAAGUGCCUUCAGCGAUGUGAACGUCUCCCCCGCCGAGGUGCAGAUCUUCCUCACCAUCCUCCUCCUCCUCACCAUAGCCUGGAUGUUGUUCUACACGGCCUACACAGCUCACAGGGACGGUGCCGUGCUCUACAAGGACGGCCACGCCGGACCCAUCUGGCUCAGAGGGGGGCUGGUUUUGUUUGGGAUAUUCAGCCUGAUCAUGGAUGUCUUCAAAAUCGCCAACUACACGGGUUACACGCACUGCGAUUCAGCCGUGAAGAUCGUUUAUCCUGCCGUGCAAGCUGUCUUCAUACUCGUGCAGACCUAUUUUUUGUGGUUCCAUGCCAAAGACUGUGUUCAGGUCCAAAAGAACGUAACAUGCUGUGGCCUCAUGCUGUUGCUGUCUACAAAUCUGAUGAUCUGGAUGGCCUCGGUCACAGAGGAAUCCCUGCAUCAGACCGACAUACCGGACAACAGCACUGCAAGAGCUCUGGAGGACAACGACUGCCACUGUAGCCACUCGGCCUGUGAGAUUUUCGAGGAGGCCUACCAGUACCUGUACCCCUUCAACAUCGAGUACAGCCUCUUCGCCUCCGCCAUGGCCUACAUCAUGUGGAAGAACGUGGGCCGGCUGGUGGACGAGCACGCCCACCACCACCACCCGCACCCCAGGUUCCGCUUCCAGGGCGUGCUGCUGGGCCCCACGGCCGGGCUGGUGAUGCUGGUGGCGGGCCUGGCCACCUUCGUGGUGUACGAGGUGGACGUGAAGUCCAGCCACCCGGUCACCAAGUGGGCGGCGCUGGACAUGCACUACACCAUGAACACCGCGGCCGCCUGCCUCAUGUCCGCCAGCAGCCUGGGCGGCCUGGCGGUCUACUGGCUGGACAAGAGGGGCCACGUUUCGGGGAAGAACCCCACGCGGCUCCUGGACGUGGCGCUGCUGCUGGGCGCCUCCCUGGGCCAGAUGGUCAUCUGCUACUUCACCGCGGUCGCCGUGGUGGCCACCGGGAUUGCCGGGGAGACGGACGCGCUCAACCUGGCCUGCUCGCUGCUGACCCUGGCGCAGCUGUGCCUGCAGAACCUCUUCAUCAUCGAGGGGCUCCACCGGCAGCCGUUCGACGAGGCUCCCGCUCCCGCCGUGUUCGCCAACGCCCAGGCCCACGCCCUCGAAGGGACCCUCCCCCCGGCUGGCAUCGCCGUCAUCGAGACGAAAUCCCACUCGGUCGCCAUGCCCGAGCCCACGACUCAGCCUGGCCUGAGCCGGAGCUGGAAGAGAUGGGCUCUCAAGGAGAUAUGCGCCUUCCUGUUGCUCGGCAACAUCAUUCUCUGGAUAAUGCCCGCGUUUGGUGCACGCCCCCAGUUCGACAACCCGAUUGGUCUGGAAUUCUACAAGUCCACCAUGUGGGUGCCCAUCGUGAACAUCGCCUUACCCUUCGCCAUUUUCUACCGCAUGCAUUCAGUGGCCAGUCUGUUUGAGGUCUUUCUGAUCUCAUAA